CUGGAAUCGUGCCAGAACUCAGUGCAACGACGCAGGAGAAAAGACCACAAACGACGAGGUGAGGUGAGGUGUAGAGUGACAAAGGGAAGGCAGGUCUCUGUCGCCUUGUCAGUAAAUGUCGAAGGUGGUGGUGGGGAUGGGGUCCUGUGGCCCCAUGACUGGACCUGGAAGCAGGUGACAAUAAAGAUGGUUUGCUCUGCCUCGGGGUGGGAGGAUGGCCGCUGCAUGAUUCACCCUCUUCCUGGCCUCUGCUUGUUCCACUGCUACUGCGGGUGCUGGGUUUCUACCACCUGCACCAACCAGUUCCCUUCUUGUUUUACUGUCAGUGAUCUGCUGCCCCAUUAAUUCGUCCCGCAGAGCUCCCGAAAGCCGUCAUCAGAUUGCCGGAAGAAAAGAUCAGCUGCUGUGGUUCUCUCUGCAGGUGGCCAAGGAUCCUCUGUUCUUCCCUUUCUGGAUAGUUAGUAGGUGGUUGCAUGGUGAAGCUUGAAGCCAGAAAGUCAACUCCUGCAUGUGACAUGUGUGCAGACUCUUUAAACUGCAAAUUUGAGAUCAAGAGAUAUCACAACCUAGAUAUGAGUUCUGGAAGAAAACAGAAGACGUUAUCAGAAUUUCCAACUAAGAGGUCCUUUAUCUUCUCUCGUUUGAAGCUUUCCGGGCAUAUGCGUUUGAUUUUAAUUGAGAUCAGGUACUGACUCACGGUUGGAGAAAGCUUAUUUCCCGAGCACCUCUUGAUUACUCACCAAGUAGGCUCUAGAAGAGAUCAAAUAAGGAAUGAACACGACUAAGGUGAAGCGUCGAGUGGGUAAAUAUGAACUCGGACGUACAAUUGGGGAAGGAACAUUUGCAAAAGUUAAAUUUGCGAGGAACGUUGAGACCGGGGAACCGGUUGCUAUCAAGAUCCUUGACAAGGAGAAGGUUCUCAAGCACAAGCUGGUUGAACAGAUUAAGCGUGAAAUUGCCACGAUGAAGUUAAUAAAGCAUCCUAAUGUUGUUCGCAUAUAUGAGGUGAUGGGGAGCAAAACAAAGAUCUUCAUUGUACUUGAAUUUGUUACAGGGGGAGAGCUCUUUGACAAAAUAGCAAACCAUGGUCGCAUGAGGGAGGAUGAGGCACGAAGAUAUUUCCAACAACUAAUCGAUGCUGUCGAUUACUGCCACAGCAGGGGAGUCUACCACCGAGAUCUCAAACCAGAAAACUUACUACUUGAUGCUUAUGGUAACCUGAAAGUUUCAGACUUUGGAUUAAGUGCUCUAUCUCAGCAAGUCAGGGAUGAUGGCUUGUUUCAUACUACUUGUGGCACUCCAAAUUAUGUUGCUCCAGAGGUUCUCAAUGACAGAGGCUAUGAUGGAGCAACUGCAGAUUUGUGGUCAUGUGGAGUCAUCCUAUUUGUUCUACUAGCAGGGUACUUGCCUUUCGAGGAUUCUAAUCUCAUGAUCUUGUACAAUAAAAUUUCGGCUGCUGACUUUACAUGCCCACCUUGGCUUUCUUUUGGUGCCAUGAGACUGUUGGCAAGAAUCCUGGACCCAAAUCCAAUGACACGUAUAACUAUUCCAGAGAUAUUGGAGGAUGACUGGUUCAAGAAAGGUUACAAGCCUCCAGUAUUCAAGGAGAAGUACGAGACGAGCUUGGAUGAUGUGGAUGCCGUGUUCAAGGAUGCAGAAGAACAUCACGUGACAGAGAAGAAGGAAGAGCAGCCAACAACUAUGAAUGCCUUUGAGCUUAUCUCGAUGUCAAAGGGGCUUGAUCUUGGCAAUUUGUUUGACACACAACAGGAAUUCAAGAGGGAAACAAGAUUCACAUCAACAUGUCCAGCCAAUGAAAUCAUCAGUAAGAUUGAAGAAGCUGCAAAGCCUCUUGGGUUUGAUGUUCAGAAAAAGAACUACAAGAUGAGGCUGGAAAAUGUAAAAGCUGGGAGGAAGGGGAAUCUCAAAGUUGCUACUGAGGUAUUUCAAGUGGCUCCAUCUCUGCACAUGGUUGAGGUAAGAAAAGCUAAAGGAGACACUCUGGAAUUCCAUAAGUUCUAUAAGAAUCUCUCCAACAGCCUCAAGGAUGUUGUUUGGAUACCUGAGGAGGAUGUGAAAGACCAAGCAGCCCAGAGUAAGAACACAUGAGCAUCAUCUCUAUUCUGUCAUGGGCUGUUCUGCUAUGUGACUUCUUCAGUUUUCGUAGUCCUCCUGUGUGAUAAUAGCUGCCAUGUUUCUCUUUGCAAUUCUUUUAUUGCCUUGAGCCAGUAGCCAUUGUAUCAAUAAUGUUGGGAAGGAGCUGCCUCUUUUAAUUUCAUUUGAAAUGGUGCAAGGAAUUUAGUUGCAGAAACAAUAAACUCCUUUCUGCCCCCCUCUCAUUUUAUGGAUUCCAAGUCAGCUUCAUGGGAUUGCAUA